CAGAAAAUGGGAGAUAGUGAAGGUAAUGCUAAUGAGCAAACGGAGAAGUUAUAUGUAAUGAGUAAUCUUCCUUCUUGGGCAAUUAAAAAUUACGACGAAAAUGAUGAAACCGAGAAUCUGGCUUCAUCGGUGCAAGCAUCAAUGAAAACAGCUACAACUGCACUUAAAGAAUUCUGUGACAAACAAAAACUGAAUCCCAAAUUUGACCUGAUUAGCUCCGCUGGGGGUAAUUUUGUUUACGAGGCGAAGCUCGAUAGCCUCGUGUUUACAGCAGAAGCCAGUAGUAAGAAGAAUGCUAGAAAGAAGUGCUCUGAAAGUAUGCUUCUCGGACUUAAAGAUCGCAUGUCUGAGCAAGACAAAGUGCGUUUUUUAAAGCCUUAUUUCGCAGAAGAACAAAUAGGCGAAAUUCAGAGAGAGGUUGCAGAAAAUUUCGUGGAUAAAAAUCCUAUAGGGGAGCUGCAGGAGUAUUCAGUGGCGUUGCAAUGGCCGUGUCCCGAGUACAAACUUAUAGAUGAAACUGGUCCUGCACAUAUGAGGUCAUUUGUCAUGCAAUGUACUCUCAACAAAUUAAUUUCUGUUGGUAACGCCAAGGCUAAAAGACUAGCGAAACGAGAGGCGGCGGCGAACAUGUUGAAGCAGUUGGGCCAAAUGAAGUUCACUGAAGGAGGAGAAAAGAGCUCAACUGGCGGGGGUAUCACUUGUGCCUCUAUUCAGGCGGUCGUUGGGGGGAGAGGUGGUAAAGUGACCGAGGAGGAGUCACUGGUUCAACUGGAGGAUAGUUUUGCUCCCCCAUUUAAGAGGGAGAUCGAAACUGGGAAGAAUAACAACGGAGAGCCAUGGAGUACUGAGUGGCAGAGCGAGGAAAAGAAGGCGAGACUAGACGAGGAGUUUCUGCGACAGAACAAACUGGAUCUGAGAGUUGAAUCUCAUUUGAAUACUUACAAAGUAGAAAUCACUCCUAUAGAUGCUAAUUUAGUAAUGGCAAACGUCGAUUCACAAAUACCGUCGCCGAAUUAUUUACACGAGUUACACAAGUACCUUAGUGUGAAUGGAAUCAAGUACCAAUUUCAUCAUUCAAUCAUCCAAAGUAUUGUUGAUGAGCCUUUAGAGAAAAGCGAAAAUCGAUGCACCCUACAAAUUAAUUUUGACCAGCCGUUGUCUUUUAUGCAAGUAGGGGUUCAGUUGGAAGAAGUUCAGCACGAGACGGCACGGGAAGCGCUGAUACAUUUGAUAAAGCAGCAGAACUACAAAGAGUUAACAUUCGCCCAGCUAAAUCGACUGCUGCCUAAACGAGAGCCUAUUGACGUGGUUUUAGAAACCAAAUGCUGAUUAAUCUGAGAUUCCACAAAUCUAAGGUGCUUGAUGAAGAUUGUGUUCAAGUGUUUCUGAUGCAAACUUCCAUUUCCAUUUAUCGAGCUCAACUGAAAAGUAGCUCCAAAUUGUUAAGGCCAUGUUGUGCAGCAAAAUAGCUGUUCAAUAUGAGUUGCCUUUGAUAUUCAUAGUUUUCUUAGUAUUCAUAGUUUUCCUAAAUUGAACUGAUUUCUUUGACAGAAAUAAUCGUUAAUUUUGAAGCUUAUUUAUUGCUUUUUUGACUGCUGGCAGGUACCAGUACCCCGACAACUCGCAACAAGACAACUCUAAAAAUUUCAAAAAAAGUGACAA